UUUUUAGUGGCUCUUGGCGUUCAAAGGGUUACUUGUCAAUUUCAAGGAUUUAUUUUACUGUUCAUUAGGUACUGGCCCAAUGUAUAUUAUAUUUAUCGGUUUCUUGUCCAUUAAAUUAAAUUAAUAAUUUAUACCCUAGAGAAUGAUUUAAUUACUUAAGAACAUUACGGUCAGUCGAGGGAAGUUUUCAGUUUGAUUCCAAAAGUAGUCUCAGAACAGACUAUGGAAAAGUUGUCGUCUGACAUGUUGGAAGAUGAUUUCAUCAAAAUAUUUGAACCGAUCCACGGGGUACAGUCUUUAGCGGGUUUGCAUCGGGUCAAAAUAGAACAUAAAUACGUUACAGCUCCAUCUCUUUACUAUCAGAUCUACAGCUCUGUUGUAUGGGCACUGAAUAUUAUAGCGGCCGUUUACUUUGUGUUGAACUGCGAGAUAAAACUGGAAGGUAUAUCAAACGUGUAUGCUUUGCAAAUUUGCGAGUUUGUCAUCGUAAUGAUAAACGCCGUUAUUGCCUUUCGAAAUAACUUCUGCGACGGGACUUUAAAUAGCCAAAUCUAUGUGAAAUUACAAAAACUUGACCGUGUAGUCAAAAUGCACGCAGCUGUAAACUCUAAUCGGAAAAUGUAUUUACUUUCUGCUUUAUUAGCUGUCGUUGUUCCCGUCUGUUGGUGCAUAGUCAUAUGCAUGCUUAAUUCAAUAUGCAUGCUGAGUGUAUGCCCUGCGCUUUUCGUUGUCCAAUUUUCGACUGUGGCAUCUUAUACGGAAAAUGUUUUGGCCGCAACAAUCCUAUUGUUCUUGGCGAAGAGAUUAAACUAUGUCAAUGAUACUUUGGAAAAUGAAGCUAAGAGAUUGAGGGAUUCAAAUAUAUCGGUCGCGGCUACCCAAUAUUAUCGAGAAAAGGAACAGGACCAAAACAAACUUGUAGUGGCUAUUCAUUACAUUUUGGACUCUUGGGCGGAUUGCAUUCGACUAUUCCAGUUUCAGGUAGGUAAAUAUUUAGAUGUAGUAAUCUGCACAGGUAAGUACCUACUUAAUCAAUGUAGCAAUUAACAGUAAUCUACGCAGCAGUGUUGGGCAAAAAGUAGUUGGAUUACAGAUUAACGACUAUGAUUAUAAAAUGUCGUUUUAACUACAAAUUACAAUUACUAGGAGAAAGUAGUUGACCAUUUGAUUAACGAGUACUUACUACAUUUUGUAGUUAGUAAUCGAAUUAAUAACUACAUUUUGUAAUUGUAAUCUGUAAUAAAUUAAUUUAUGUUUCCCAAAGCAGGUUA